AUGAACACUUCGGCCUCGCCUCUCGCAAGAAAUCUGCAGCGGAGCACGCGCAGUCUCUCAAGAUGCCGCCUCCGCCCUACAAGGCCCGCGCAGGCCGGCCUCGCCACCGCCUCCAGAACAAGCACCACAACCCCUGCGAGAGCUGCCGCGACUACGUCACCCUCGGCACGGAGCUCCUCCGCCGUCGCCUUCUCCAGGCCGCUGGGUGCGCGCACAUUCACGACGAGCAGGACGCGGCGCAGCGACGAGGACGAAAAGUUCGACCCGGCGACCAUUGAGCGAGAGUCGGACGAGGUCGAUGUAGUCAUUGUAGGCGGCGGCCCCGCCGGACUCAGCGCCGCGAUCCGGCUAAAGCAGCUCGCCAACGAAGCCGGCAACGAAGACUUCCGUGUCCUCCUUCUCGAAAAGGCCGGCGAGAUGGGCGCCCACAUCCUCUCGGGCGCCGUCAUCCAGCCCACCGCCAUUGACGAGCUGAUCCCCGACUGGCUCUCCGAGGACAACCCGGACCGUUUCGAGUACGCUACUCCGGCUGGCGGCGACCGCAUGCGCUUCCUCACGAAGACGUCGGCGAUCCCGCUCCCGACCCCGCCGCAAAUGCACAACGAGGGCAACUACAUCGUCUCGUUGAACCAGUUCGCCAAGUGGCUCGGUGACCGCGCCGAGGAGCUCGGCGUCGAGGUGUACCCGGGCUUCGCCGCCUCCGAGGUACUUUACAACGAGGUGGAUGGCAGCGUCAAGGGUGUCGCGACGAACGACCUCGGCCUCGGUCGCGACGGUAAGCCCAAGGACUCGUUCGAGCGCGGCAUGGCGUUCCACGCACGCUGCACGCUUUUUGCCGAAGGGUGCCACGGCAGCCUGAGCAAGCAGGUUAUCAAGAAGUUCGACCUGCGCCGCGACAGCCAGCACCAGACGUAUGCGCUCGGUAUUAAGGAGGUGUGGGAGGUGCAGCCCGAAAAGUUCCAAAAGGGCUCCAUCACGCACUCCAUGGGCUACCCGCUCUCCAAGGACCUAUACGGCGGCGGCUGGAUGUACCAUUUUGGCGACAACCUCGUCAGCAUCGGCUUGGUCGUUGCCCUCGACUACGAGAACCCGUGGGUCUCGCCCUACGGCGAGUUCCAGAAGAUGAAGCACCACCCCAUGUACAAGGAGGUCCUCGAGGGCGGCAAGUGCCUGACGUACGGUGCGCGAGCGCUCAUCGAGGGAGGCUUCCAGUCGAUCCCAAAGUGCGCCUUCCCUGGCGGCGCGCUCAUCGGUGACUCGGCUGGCUUCGUCAACCUGCCCAAGAUUAAGGGCACGCACAACGCCAUGAAGUCGGGCAUGCUCGCCGCCGAGGCCGCCUUCACGGCGCUGUCGUCCGAGAGCACCGGGGAGCAGGGCACCGUGUUCCUGUAUGACUACGAGGACAAGCUCCGGGAGUCGCCCAUCUGGAAGGAGCUGAAGGAGGUGCGCAACUUCCGCCCCUCGUUCCACACCCCGCUGGGCCUGUACGGCGGCAUCGCCUACUCCGGGCUCGAGGCGUACGUACUCAAGGGCCGCGUCCCUUGGACGCUGAAGCACAAGACGCCGGACCACGCGGCCACGAAGCCCGCCGACCAGUACCCCAAGAUCGAGUACGAAAAGCCCGACGGAAAGAUCUCGUUCGACAUCCUCACGAGCGUCAGCCGUACGGGCACAAACCACGAGGAGGACCAGCCGGUGCACCUUCAAGUCAAGGACUGGGAGAAGCAUGCGGCCGAGACAUGGCCCAAGUUCAAGGGCCUCGAGAACCGCUUCUGCCCGGCGGGCGUUUACGAGUACGUCGAGGACGACACCAAGGACCUCGGUGUGCGGUUCCAGAUCAACGCACAGAACUGUAUCCACUGCAAGACGUGCGACAUCAAGGCGCCGCACCAGGACAUCAACUGGCAGGUGCCCCAGGGCGGCGAGGGUCCCAAGUACUAUAUGUCAUGA